UUGGAUAACAACAAGCUCACUCUCUCCUCAUGGCAGAAUUCAUUUGAAGUUCUGAGUAUAUUUAGCCAUAAGUAAUCAAAACACUAUUCAGCUUCUUAAAGGUCAUUUCACAGCCUACCAGAUGAUGGAUAAUUUAAAUUUCAAUGGUUGCUAUGAUAAUCUACAAGAACAAUUGCAAGAGAGAGCUUACAAAGCUGAGAUCAUGGAUGAAGCUCUACUCAUCUGGGCGCAUGAGAUGAACGAAAGCUACAGAGAAACAGAUCCAGAUUUUUCACAUCAGAAAGAAGAAUUUUUUGCAUCUGAUCAUCAGCAGCUUCUUCUUCCUCCGAUCAGUUGCAGUUCAGAAAACCGGCAACUCAUCAGAAACAUUGUAACUUUCAGCAAUCAGAACAAAGAUUCAAACUUUAAAACUGUGAUGAGGAGAAGAGAUCAAGAUUAUUGUAAUCCAUUAAAGUCGAAGAAAUCGAAAGUGGAGGACUGUCAUCCCGAGCAGACAAACAUUGCUUUCCAGCAAGAAGAAGGCGAGGAGGUCGACAGGGAGGCGAUAGCUCGAGUGAAGGAAAUGAUAUACAGUGCUGCAGCAUUGAUGCCGGUGAUGUUGGGGGCGGAGGAGCAGGGGAUGGUGGAGAAGCCAAAGAGGAAGAACGUGAGGAUAUCGAACGACCCGCAAACCAUGGCGGCGAGACAGAGGAGGGAGAGGAUCAGCGAGAGGUUGAGGGUGUUGCAGAGAUUGGUUCCUGGAGGGAGGAAGAUGGACACUGCCUCCAUGCUUGAUGAGGCUGCUAAUUAUCUCAAGUUUUUGAAAGCGCAACUCGGUGUUUCGGAGAGGAGUGGAGAUGGAAGUGGUGUUGGAAGCUUCUCUUGCGAACAAAAUUGUAUUUUUAGCUUCCCCAGGCACUGAUGUCAGUGCUCCGG